AUGACAUAUGACAUAUUAGAAGAUGUGUGGGAUAACUAUAUUGCAUCCCAUCCAGGAGCAAAGCCAUGGCGUACAAACCCUUUUCUGCUCUACAAUGAUAUAAUUGAACUCAUUGACGGACACUAUGCCACUGGUGAGGGUGCUUUUCAUAUCCCAGAGAUUGAUGAGCCUUCUUUGCCUUUGCCUCAUCCUUACAAGGAGCAAGUAGAUCAAGAUGAUGUGGACACAGUGGAUGGUCAUCCAGAGAGUGAUUUAGACUUGGAUGGGGAAGAAAAGUCUCAGGAUUCUAUUGAAGUGUCUCAGAGCUCAAAAUGCAAAUGUGCAGCUUCUGGAUCACCCACUCCUGCAUCUGCAUCAACGUGCCUUCAUACCAAGGUGACAGGACCUUCUGCCAUCCUUAUUCUUGGAAUUGCAGAUGCACUUAGUGCUGUGGCUUCAUCGCUCAGUCAUCCUGACCCUAGUAUUUCCCAGCUUAUUGGUGAUGUCCCCAGCACACCCAAGAGGAGAAUCGCUGCAAUCAAGGCUGUUUGUGUUGAUGAUGCAUUGGCCACUGCUGAGUGCACACAAGCAAUUGCACUAUUCACCAAGAAUAUUGCCAUUGCUGAUGCAUAUUCUGCUAUCUCUGAUGAUGUCCUUUGA